AUGACGACAAAACUCGCAUUGAGUGACGAAAUCAGUGUUUGUUUUGAAACUCAUUUCAACUUUUGGUUCAUUUGUUUGAAGUCGGAGUCCAUUCACUCCAAGAAGUCUUCGCCGCAAAUGGUUCACUACUUCACGACCAAUGUGGUGUCACCGCCGAUGACGCUAUACAUGGGUUUUGAUAAACACGAGAAUGAGGAGCUGAUCCGUUGGGGAUGGCCUGAGGACGUGUGGUUUCAUGUGGACAACGAGUCUUCAGCGCACGUAUACCUCCGUCUGAAGAAAGGCGAGACAUUGGACGACAUCCCGUCGGCGGUGAUCGACGACUGCUGCCAAUUGGUUAAGCAGAACAGCAUUAGGGGCUGUAAGAUGAAUGACAUCGAUGUCGUGUACACCAUGUGGUCUAAUCUGCGCAAAACCGCUGCCAUGGAAGUCGGACAGGUCGGAUUCCACGACCAGAAGGCCGUCAGAACAGUGAGAGUCGAGAAGAAAAUCAAUGAUAUCAUCAAAAGACUCGAUAAGACAAAGGUUACAAAAGAAAACGUAGACUUCAGGGCAGAACGAGAGGAAAGGGAUCGCAAGGAAAGGGAGGACCAGAAAGCAAUUCAAAGGAAUAUCAAACUGAAAGAGAAGGAGGAGAUGAAGAGGAAGGAAGAGAUGGCCAAAAUCAAGAGUUAUGACUCCGUUAUGAAGUCGGAAAACAUGCAAACGAAUCAAGACGGCUACGAUUCCGACGAUUUCAUGUGAUUUUAUAUAAACAUAUUUUUGAAUAAAUUUGUAUUACAUUUUGCAAACUAUCA